AUGAAGUCCUCUGUCCACACAGAAGAGGAUGACUUUGUUCCAGAGCUGCAGAGGAGCAUCCAUCCUAGGGAGAGGCCGGACUGGGAGGAGACGCUCAGCACCAUGGCCAGAGGUGCCGACAUCCCGGACAUCCCGGGAGAGCUGCCACUGCGCUCCUGCGGCAGCACAGCCAGCAUGAAGGUGAAGAAUGUGAAAAAAUACAUCCCCCCAGGACUGAUGGGCUGUGAUGCCUUUCACAGGUUAUCCUUUACAAAGGGGCACUUCCCGAAGAUGGCUGAGUGUGCACAUUUCCACUAUGAAAACGUGGACUUUGGCAACAUACAGCUCUCUCUCCCGGAGGAACAGAACGAAGUGACGAGGAAUGGCUGUGAGUCCAAGGAGCUGGUGUACUUGGUGCAGAUCUCCUGUCAGGGCAGGAGCUGGAUCGUGAAGAGGAGCUAUGAGGAUUUCCGGGUGCUGGACAAACACCUCCACCUGUGCAUCUACGACCGCCGCUUCUCGCAGCUGGCAGAGCUGCCCCGCUCUGAUGCCCUGAGGGACAGCCCCGAGCUGGUCACCCAGAUGCUGAUGGCUUACCUGGCUCGGCUCUCCAACAUCGCAGGCAACAAGAUCAACUGUGGCCCUGCCCUCACAUGGAUGGAGAUUGAUAACAAGGGGAAUCACCUGCUGGUCCAUGAGGAGUCAUCCAUUAACGUCCCUGCUAUUGCCGCUGCCCACGUCAUUAAGAGAUACAUUGCUCAGGCAGCAGAUGAACUGUCCUUUGAGGUGGGGGACAUCGUGUCUGUCAUCGACAUGCCACCAAAGGAGCUGACCUCAUGGUGGAGAGGAAAACACGGGUUCCAGGUUGGAUUCUUUCCCAGUGAAUGCGUUGAACUCAUCAACGACAAAGUCCCUCAGUCCGUGACCAAUUCGGUGCCAAAACCAGUCUCCCCUGCCCAUGGAGCCCGUCCAGCGUCCUGGAGCUACUUCCCCCCUUAUUUGGAGAUGGAUAAUGUAAAACCAGGCUCCGCAUUUGUUACCGAGGCUCUGAACCAGCCCCUCCUGAGCUCAGUGUCAAAGAAGCACGGGAAGCUUAUCACCUUCCUCCGGACAUUCAUGAAGUCACGCCCAACGAAACAGAAACUGAAACAGCGGGGGAUCCUCAAGGAAAGGGUGUUUGGCUGUGACCUGGGGGAGCACCUGCUCAACUCCGGCCAUGACGUGCCCCAGGUCCUCAAGAGCUGCACUGAGUUCAUCGAGAAGCACGGCAUUGUGGACGGGAUAUACCGGCUCUCUGGGAUCGCCUCCAACAUCCAGAAACUCCGCCACGAGUUUGACUCCGAGCAGAUUCCCGACCUGACCAAGGACAUUUACAUCCAGGACAUCCACUGUGUGGGCUCCCUGUGCAAGCUGUACUUCCGUGAGCUCCCCAACCCUCUGCUCACCUACCAGCUCUACGAGAAGUUCUCAGAUGCUGUUUCUGCUGCUACAGAUGAGGAAAGGCUGGUUAAGAUCCAUGAUGUGAUCCAGCAGCUGCCCCCUCCCCACUACAGGACACUGGAGUUCCUAAUGAGACAUUUGGCUCGUCUGGCUGAUUAUUGCUCCAUCACAAAUAUGCACACCAAGAACUUGGCCAUCGUCUGGGCUCCAAACCUCCUCAGGUCCAAGCAGAUCGAGUCCGCCUGCUUCAGUGGCACGGCCGCCUUCAUGGAGGUGCGGAUCCAGUCGGUGGUGGUGGAGUUCAUCCUGAACCAUGUGGAUGUGCUCUUCAGCUCCAAGCUCAGCUCCGUCAUCCGUGAUGGGGCAGGGCACAGCUCUUUAUCCCGGCCCAAGUCUCUGCUGGUGUCCUCCCCCUCCACAAAGCUGCUCACACUGGAGGAGGCUCAGGCACGGACACAGGCCCAGAUCAACUCUCCCAUCGUGGCAGACAGCAAGUACAUUGAAGUGGGGGAAGGCCCAGCAGCUUUGCAGGGGAAAUUCCACACAGUCAUUGACUUCCCAUCUGAAAGGAAAAGGCCUCCCAGCAAGAUAAAGAAGUCUCCAGUAGGGAGCUGGCGUUCCUUCUUCAACCUGGGAAAAUCCUCCUCUGUGUCUAAGCGCAAACUGCAGCGCAACCCCAGCGAGCCCUCAGAAAUGAAAGCCAUAGCCCUAGCAGGAGGACGAGGAGACAGCGGAACGCUCCGCUCGGCCAAGAGCGAGGAGUCCCUCACCUCCCUGCAUGCCGUGGAUGGUGAAUCCAAGCUGUUCCGGCCCAGAAGGCCCAGGUCCAGCAGCGAUGCCCUGUCUGCCUCCUUCAACGGGGAGCUCCUGGGGAACAUGAACCGCUGCAACUCCUACGACAACCUCCCCCACGACGACAGUGAUGGGGAUGAGGGGCUCAUCCACGUCCCUGCCCUCAUCUCCCCCCGCUCCUCGGAGGAUGUGGACCUCAGCCCGCCGGACAUUGGCGUCGCCAGCCUGGACUUCGACCCCAUGUCCUUCCAGUGCAGCCCCCCCCAGGCAGAGUCCGAGUGCCUGGACAGCAGCACCUCCCUGCUGGAGUCUGUUGAUAUCAAUAAGGAGAAGCCAAGCCUGCUCAAGAAGGAUUUAGAAUCGGGCAGCCAGUCCCAGACCCCAGGCAGUGCCACGAGCUCUGAGCCAGUGUCCCCUUUCCAGGAGAAGAUGAGUCCCUUCUUUACGCUGGACCUGAGCCCCACGGAAGAGCAAGCCUGCAAACCUCUCAGCUUCUCGCCCAAGGCAACCCGAAAGCCCAUCAAAUCUCCACCACUGAGCACAGACCCCACCUCCUUUGUGCUGCCUAGCCGUGUGCCAGAGGCCAUGGGAGGAAUGCCCACCACAUCCAGGAACUCCUCUGCUUCCAGUUGGAGCAAAGAGAUUGGCAUCACUGAGAUCACAAACAGGUCCCCAACCCAGAUGUCCUUGCCCCUGAAAAACAGUGAAACAGGAACAGGGGAAGGAGCCCACCAAGAGCUGCAGCAUCCCCAGCUAGUGGCUGCUUGCAAAGCAGAUUUGCCAGAAGAAGGGGAGAGAGCCAUGCCAAGCAGUCAGAAUAAGACUGUACCCAGUGGACACACCCAGCCAGGAGCAGUUGCCCUCGACUCCCCCCAGGAUCCUGUUCCCGUCAGUUCUGUGUCUCUUAUCCCUCCUCCUCCUCCGAAAAAUGCAGCGCGCAUGCUGGCCCUAGCGUUAGCCGAGUCCGCACAGCAAGCAUCGGCCCAGUCCCACAAAAGGCCAGGAGAUGCUCAUGCUGAAAGCACAAAUUAUGGAGAGGCUGAAGUUGGCACAGCUCUAGAAAAGCUCCAUCUCACUACGGGCGCUCCCGACAAGCUCCACCUGUUCACUGCUCUGCCUGAGAACCACCUGCACUUCCAGCCCGGGGCACCUUUAGAGCAGGACUGCCGAGGCACGGCGGGGGAGCAGAACCACCCGCCCGGCGCACCUGGAGGCCAGGAGUCCCCGCCUCUCCACACGGGCGUGCCCGGGGACACGCCUGGCAGCAGGGAUGCAGAGCAGGAGCAGUCCAGCUUCCACCCCAGCAGAGUGGGGGACAAGGAGCCCUUCCCGGCCCAUGCGGGGGACUGGGAGCACAUGGCCCUCCACGGCACAGGGGCGCUGCCAGAGCAGGAGCUGCCUGGCACGGAGCUGCCUGUGGAGCAGCCCCACCUGCACGCGGGCCUGCCUGGGGACAAGCUGCACGCUUCCUGUACGGCCGAGGAUAAGCUGCUAUCUCCCUCCGUGGGUCCCGUUGGGGACAAGGGCACCCCAGGCGCGGUGCCCUACCUGAGCACCCUCCCCAGCACGGCUGAGCCCCGCGGCCCACCUGGGGCUGCACCCCAAGCAGAUGGCGCUGUCCCGCCUGCGCCGCGUGUGCCCACGGCCUCGGCACAGAGACAGGAGCACCAGGCAGCCGUGGGACAGGUGCCAGCAGCCAAAGCACCCAGCGGCUCCGGGCAGAUGUGGAGCACCACUGCACCUGAAAAGCCUUUGGAGUCCACACCUGGCUUUGUCUCCGAGAGCAGUUCCAGUACCCGUGGCUCCUCUUCUGUGCCUGCAGGCCACCAGGGCCACUUGGAAAAGCCUCGGGAGAGCACGAGGGCUCCCCCGCUACACCUGCGCUCUGAGUCAGUCCCUGCUCCCUCCUCCUACAGCUUCACGCCACCCGUGCCACCCGUGAGGACGCUGGAGAGCAAGAUCGCUGCGGCCAUGCACUCCAACAACGCAGACACCAUCAACAACUCCAACUACCACUCCUUCCUGGCCUCCUCCAUGCUAGCACCCUCUGUGGAGGAGGCGCUGCUGCCGCCGCCACCGCCACCACCUCCCAAGCACUCGUCCCUGCAGCCGGUGUAUGUGCCGCACCCCAAACCAGAGAGCCUCCCCGAACCCGUGGGGCCUGAAGGCUACCUGCAUGCCAAGCACCAGUACCGGCCCGAGAGCGUCCCUGCUCACGGCUACCAUGGCAAGGCCGAGCAGCACCAGCCCCACCUGCCCCGCCCAGAGCCUCCCAUCACCGCGGGUGCGCGCUAUGGCUCCUACGGCACGCAGGGCAAAGGCUCUGCCACGGGCCUGCACCCCAAGCCCCGUGGCCGCACCGACUUCGUGUCCUCCGUGAGCCCCACGGGGCUGCGGGGUGCUGGCUACGCCGAGGAGGCCCCCCCAUACCCCACCAUCCGCAGGGUGCAGUCACUGCACGUGCCCAGCGCAGCUGCUGCUGCUGCCAUCCGCUCCGUGCCCAUCUCCCGCACGGAGGUGCCCCCGGACGAUGAGCCCAUGUACUGCCCGCGGCCCCUCUACCAGUACAAGCCCUAUCAGCCUCACUCUGACUACCAUGUCACGCAGCUCCAGCCUUACUUUGAGAACGGGCGGGUCCAUUAUCGCUACAGUCCCUACUCCAGCUCCUCCGCCUCCCCCUACUACACCGCGGCCGACGGGAGCUUCUACGACCUGGAUCCGUACAGCACCGUGCGGGUCCGGCCCUUCCACGGCCUGCCCGGCCGCGAGUUCAGCCCCUAUGCGUCCCGGCUGCAGGGUAAGGGGCUGUACCGCUACCCCAGCCUGGCCGCUUACCCCCGGGCAGGGCUCAUCAACCACCUGGGCAAAGAGCACAGCUUCGUGAGCAGGGAUGUGCCCCCCGCCCCGGACAUUAAGCACAUGUACAUGUCCUGGGACCUGGAAGACAUGGAGAAGUACCGCAUGCAGUCCAUCCGCCGCGAGAGCCGCGCGCGCCAGAAGGUCAAAGGGCCCCUCAUGUCCCAGUACGACAACGUGGCCCCGCUGCUGCAGGAUGAGCUGGGGGGCCUGGACGCCGUCCACCUGCGCAGCAAAUCAGAUCCUGGCAAGAGCGGCCUGCUCACGGUGGCAGAAGGGAAGGAGGGCAGGUACCCAACCAAGGUGGCCACGCCCGAAGGGGAUGAGCGUUACUACGGGCAGCACGCGGAGCCUGAGCUGGACAGAGCCCACUAUCAUGGCGGGGGCUACGGGAACGGGCAGCCUGAGAAGCCAUCCCUGCCCCAGAAGCAGAGCAGCAUCCGGAACAGGAAGAUGCACGAGCCAGGUGGCGGCAGCACUGAGCACAGGACACAUUUGCAGCAGGAAGCGAACCAUAGGCAGCCUUCCGAACCCAAAAACGGACCCCCCUACCCCGACUACAGGCCCAAAGGCGGCCUGGAGCCCUCUGAGCCCAUGGGCUACCAGCACUCGGGCAGCAAAUAUAUCCCAGCCAGUCAGGAGACCCUGAGGCUGAACCACAAGGACAUGAGGCUGGCAGAGGACAGGCCAGAUCUGGAGAGGCCCCGAGGCAGAGCGUCCAUGGAGAAGCACUCCAGAGACUGCUACAAGGAGGAGGAACAUGCUACCCCUCCCGUGGCACCACCACCCAAGCCCGAGCGGAGCCACAGCCUCCGGAUGCGGGAGCACCCCGAGCCCAUGGAGAGGGACUCUGCCCUGCUGUACCCCUACCAAACCCUGGGCAAGCGCCAAAGCACGAUGACUGUGGUGUCCCAGUAUGAUAACCUGGAGGAUUACCAUACCCUGCCUCAGCACCAAAGAGGGGGCUAUGCUGGAGCAGGGGGCUUUGUGCCCCCCGGCUUCCCCCACGUGCACAGCAGAACUUACGCCACAGCUCUGGGGCAGGGAGCCUUCCUCCCCACAGAGCUGUGUCUGCAGAGGCCCGAAACAGAGGUGCACGUUGAGUGAGCUGGGGGCGGACGAGGGAUAGAGUCUAAGCAGCCUCUGCUGGACAGUGGACUGUUUUAUUUUUUCAGUGAUGG